UCAAGAGAAAAUAAAAAAAAUUUCGUCUAUGCCAUGUUUUUUAUGAUAAUCAAAAUUAAAAAAAGUUAAUUUGGUAGCAGUGAAAAAAAAUAUAGAAGACGACUAAUAAAAAAAUUUGACCGUGUAGAUUUUUUUUCAAGAAUCCCAUAAUUAUACAAUCAUCGAAAUCAAUAAGUUUGCGAGUUAAUGAUAAGAUUGGUCUCAUAAAAUUUUAAUGAUCAUAGAAAUAAACUAAAAAUUCUAGAGUUGAUUUUCUAGUAUAGACUUUAAUAAACAGGUAAAUUCAAAUCAUGUUUUCAAAUUUGAUAGUAAUACUCUGUAUGACAGUAAAGUUGGCGUACAUCUGCCAAUUUUUAAAAUUUUUAAACAAUAAAAUAAAAUUUUUUUAACAAAAAAAUUAAAAAAUGGAUUUUUAGAAAACUGUAAAAUCAGUACACGACAGCAAAAAAUCACCGGGGUAAAUCCAAAUGGUGUAGGUGUUAAAAUUGGCGGUGCUAAAUUUCAACCCCGAAAGCGGUGUGAAAAUAACGCCGUCGCCGGUGUAAAUAUUCUUUAUCGGUGUUAAAAUAUUUUACUUUGGAAAUGUGUGCAUAUGUGUGCGCGUGUUUGAGUGCGUGUGUGUGUGUCAAAAUAUUUUUUGCUUUUUAUAAGCUUUCCAAAGCUGAUACUUCGAGCGGACGCAGUCUACUCCACUUUUACACCGGUUUAACACCAAUAUUUUAACACCGCCGAAUUACGCCUUUUACACCGGUGUAAUUUCAUUUUAACAUCGCGCGGAGUUAAAAUGAGUCCAUUUUUAACUCCGCUCUUUUACAGUGAUCCAUUUUUUUAUAUUUUAUCAAUUUAAUAGUUUAAUUUUUUAAUACGUAAUUUAAAAAUUGUCUGCUACAUUUACACUCAUAUUUUUAUACAAUAUUUGUAAUUUCUACAAAUAAAAAAUUUUUAAUUUAGACAUUUAAUAGUUUAGUAACUUAAUUAUUAAUUAACUUUGACUAAAAUAAUUUUUUAAAUUAAAUACAAAACCAAAGUAAAAUACAAAAUUUUUUAUUAUUAAAAUUUUUUAAUAAAUUUUAAAUUUACAAAUAAUAUUAAGCCAUUAAAAAAAUAUUGAAAUUAUCAAGAUGAUCUACACAUGUCUAUAGUACAUAUAUAUGCAGUAAAAUUUAAAAAAAUUUAAAGAAAACAAAUGAGUGCAGAAAAUCCUGUCUACAGAGUGUCGCCCAGUGAUUUAACUCGACAAAGCUUGUCACCAAAAAAUAAUUAUACUCAUAUUAAUAAUAAUUAAUAAAUGCAUUUAUAACUAUUAUUUUUUUUAUAAUUGAAUAAAUAAUUCUCUUUAAUAUAAAGAAUAAUAUCAAUAAUAUGCCACGUUGUUUAAUGAAAUCAAUAGUAAGAUAUCGUCAAGAAAAUAAUUAUGAAGAUAAAUUAUCAAGAACAGCUUCAGCAGGAAUUUCAAAUAAAAAAAAGAAAGUUAAAGAAACCAAAAAAAAUAACAAUAUUAAUUACUCGUCACUGCCUAUUAUGACGAGAUAUUUUUUUAAUAAAAAUAAUUCAUUAAGAGAUCAAGUACCUCUGGGAUUACGAUUGAAUUUCGUCGAUAUUGAUAACAAUGCCGGUUGCUCAGCCGAUAAUAAUACGGAUUUAAAUAUUAAAAAUAAUAAUUAUUGUAGUUUGUAUAAUAAUAAUUACCCAGAAAUUAAAGUGGUGGAUAAUUACGUCAAAAAUAAUAUUGUUGAUAAUAUUUUUAAUGAUAAUAAUAAAUUAGAUGUUGCUGUGUCUAGCAAAGAGCUUCAAAUUGAUGAGAAUGAGCAAAAUGGUAAAAAAAAUAAAACACUACAUCAUUGUCCUUAUUGUCACAAAAGUUUUGACCGUCCUUGGGUUUUGAAAGGACAUUUGAGACUUCAUACGGGAGAAAGGCCUUUUGAGUGUCCGGUUUGUCAAAAGUCAUUUGCUGACAGAUCUAAUUUACGAGCACAUCAAAGAACGAGAAAUCAUCACGAGUGGCAAUGGAAGUGUCAAAAUUGUUUCAAAGCAUUUUCACAACGACGUUAUUUAGACCGUCAUUGUCCCGAAGCCUGUCGUAAAUAUCGAUUAUCCCAAAAACGCGGCGACUAAUAAAAAUAAAUCGAUAAAAAAUAAAUAAAAUCAUUGUUAAAAUAAAAUAAAUAAUUCUUUACAUUGUACUCAAAUUGUAAAUUACUAUUUGUCUCAAUCAAAUGUAUAAAUAUUUACUUAUUACAAAAUUAUUAUAUAUAUUUUAUUUUUAAAAAAAUUAUAAGGUAACAAAAACGAGCAACCUCCAGUCACUACGUGACUACCCGAGUAUUACCACAAAAUUUGAAAAUAUGAUUUGAAUUUACCUGUUUAUUUAAAUCUAUACUAGAAAAUCAACUCUAAAAUUUUUUGUUUAUUUCUAUGAUCAUUGAAAUUUAAUGAGACCAAUCUCAUCAUUAACUCGCAAACUUAUUGAUUUCGAUGAUUGUAUAAUUAUGGGAUUCUUGAAAAAAAAUCUACACGGUCAAAUUUUUUUAUUAGUCGUCUUCUAUAUUUUUUUUCACUGCUACCAAAUUAACUUUUUUUAAUUUUUACUAUCAUAGAAGACAUGGCAUAGACGAAAUUUUUUUUAUUUUCUCUUGAUUAUAUAUAUAACAAUUAUAUAUAUUCAGUGACAGAAUAAUUAAAACAUUAAUUUAUUUAAAGAAAAUAAAUACGAUGGUCUUUUUUCCCGCGUAAUUUAAAUGUAAUUCGAAUGAUAUAGAUAAAUUGAUUUAUCUCGAUACUUGGUAAUAAGAAAGAGUUCAAACCAUGAAAAGGCACAAAUUCAAGACAAGACCUAUCUAAUGAUACCAAUUUCAAUAAUAUUAACUAAUUCUAUCAUAUAGAUAUGGAGGGAACUAAAUUUUUCUUAUUCUCUUAAUAAUAUAGAUAAUAAAAGCCAUUGAAUAAAAAAUGAAUGAAUGAAUUUAAUAAUUUUCGUUGACCGGAAAUUAGUUAAUCAGACACUGAAUUUCUUAAACGAGCAAAAGGUAAAUCAAGUGAGUAAUAGUGAAUUAAAUUGUUAAUGGUAGUUAAGAGAUAAAGUCAAUGCUUCUUAUACAUUAAUAUUUCAAACAAUUCAGUUCACUGAAGGGUUUUUUAUAUGCACGCAACAAAUAAUAAUUUA